UCCACUGGGAAACCCCCGGCGGAUCGACCGACCCCACCGACCCAACUCUCCUCUCCGCUCUGGUGCGCGAAGUCUUCGAAGAAACCGGACUAACAGUCACCAAGGUCGUGGAUCUAGUGGCUGUGGAUGAGUGGACGAGGUCUCGUGGUGAGAGGGUAGUGAGGGAGAUGAAGUGGAGUUUUUUGGUGGAGGUGGAUGUUUUGAAUCGGGAUGGGGUCGGGAGGUGGGAGGAGGGGGUGGUUUUGGCGCCGGAGGAACAUUGUGCGUGGAGGUGGGUGGGGGAGGAGGAGGCUAGGGGGGAUGGGGAGGGGGAAAGGCACAGGUUAAGGUUUAUUGGGGAUCAGGGGAGGAAUUUGCUUAGGGCGUUUGAGGUUUAUAAGGGGUUGGGUGGGGGGGUGUGA